CUGUGUAAACUUUGAGUAACUUCUAGAACAUUCUAGAACUUUCCAGUAAUAUAAAUAGUAGUAUAUAUACAGGGGCCUUAAGCCCACCAGCUCAGUUUAGUUCCAGCUGCCUAAGUGGAUACAUAUCUGCAUUUUUCUGCGAUGGCAUCAAAAGACUGCAAGCAAUCCGGCAGACACAUUUUGCUCGGAGCAAGACUGGCACCCUUGGGUGUGAAGGUUUUAACUUGACGUGAACGGCUGUAGCCUUCCUCGUGUGUGCGUGUUCACUUCACUGAGAUGACGCUACAGCUUCACGACAGCUUAUCCCUCUGUCGGCAUAGUGACCCAGAGGGAAGGAAGUGAAACGUCCCCCCACACACCGCCCCCCAAUGCUUCUAGGACGACGCCUGCCUCUGCGGGUCGUGGCCGAACCUCCGACUUCUCUCCUUUCUCCCCUCUCCCACCCCGCCCGCCCGCCCGCCUCCUCCGCCAGCGUCGUCGCCGCCGGCCGCGGCACCGGCAACGGCACCGGCAACGGCACCGGCAACGGCACCGACGGCGGCACCGGCGGCGGCGCGGCCGGCGAUGGCCUCGCGAGCCGGCGUCCUCCGCCUGGAGAUGUGCGGGGGCAGCGGCGCGCUGCUCGCCGCCAUGAACUCGCUGCGCGCCGAGGGCAAGCUGUGCGACGUGACGGUGCGCCUGGGCGCCGCCGCCUUCCCGGCGCACCGCGUGGUGCUGGCGGCCGGCUCGCCGUACCUCCGCGACCAGUUCCUGCUCAACCCGAGCGCCGGCGAGCUGCGCGUGUCGCCGCUGCCGGAGCCGCGCGCCGCGCUGGCCCUGCUCCUCUCGUGCUACACGGGCCACCUCGACGUGCCGGCCGCGCAGCUGGUGGCCUACCUGACGGCCGCCAGCUACCUGCAGAUGGACCACGUCGUGGAGAGGUGCACCAAGGCGCUGUCCGAGUACUUCCAGCCGCGGUUCGGGCUCUACGGGGCGGACGGCGCCGACGGAGCCGCGAUGGACGACGACGCCGGGUUUUGCUCGAAGGCCGCGGCCGCCAGCCCGCUGUCGGAGCGCUCGUACGACGGCGAGUCGGACCGGAUGCCGGAUGGCGCGGGGAUUUCCGAACCGGAGUACGAUCGCUGCGGCGUCGCCGUCGCCGACGGCGCCGCCGACGGCGCCACCGACGGUGCCACCGACGACGACGACGAGAACAAGGCCUUCGACGGCGCUCGCUUCGGCGCGGAGAGGGAGCGGUCGACGGAAAGAGCGGCGCCCCCGGCCGGGCGCAAGCAGCAGGAGUGCCCUCCCCGGAGCCUCUCCAUCGUCAAGGUGGAGCAGCUGAGCGGCGACGAGUUCGACGGGGACGCCCACGCCAGGCGUCCGCAGGUAGCGCUGCCGCACCAGUACCACCACCACCGACGCCAGCUUGAGGCCGCCCGGCACCAGCUGUCUCCCCCGUCCGAGCAAAACGCCUUCGCCGUGAACUUGCCGGCCGAUCCCACGCGGCACGGCCACUUCGAGUGCCGGCGCCAGCGGAUGGUGCCGGCGGGCAGCCCGGACGGCGCCACGAUCAUCACCGGCACCGGCGUCUCCGACGGCGAGCAGCAGCAGGAAGAGACGAACGCUCAGCCGUACUUCCAGAUGCCGGGCCACAGCCCCGUGUACUCCUCCGGCCUGCACCACCAGCACCAGCACCACCACCACCACGAUGGCACUAGAGCCGGCACCGGCAGCACCGGCUGUGUCGGGCUGCGCGCCGGCAGGGGCGCCGGCCGUUUUGGCAUCGUCCCGCCGAGCAAAGCGAAGAGCGGCCGCGGCAGCGCCCGGGGCUUCUCCUUCCGCUCGGCGCCGGGCGGAGCGGCGGUUUUGACGGCGCCGCCCGCGGCCUCCGGGCACCACCCGCACGGCGACCCGGCGCUCGCCGUCUACUCCGUCGCCCAUUCGGCCUUCGCGGCCGGCGUCUCGCCGAACGGCGCCGCCGGCGGCGUCGGCGCGAAGCACUUCGAGUGCAGCCGGUGCCCCAAGACGUUCUCGCACGCCGAGGUGCUGUGGGCACACAUGCGCACGCACAAGGUGUUCACGUGCCCCCGCUGCGGGCGCCAGUUCUCGCAGAGCAGCAACCUGACGCGCCACCUGCGCAUCCACACGGGCGUCAAGCCCUUCGCCUGCGCCCUGUGCGGCCGCUGCUUCACGCAGAAGAGCUCGCUGCACGACCACAUGAACCUGCACAGCGGCGACCGGCCGCACCGCUGCGCGCACUGCCAAGUCGGCUUCGCGCACAAGCCGGCACUCCGCAGGCACCUCCGCGAGCAGCACCAGCGCGGGGCGGCGCCGGCGGCGGGCGACGGCGGCGUCGGCCGCUUCGCGGACGCGAUGGCGGCGGACGGCCACGGGGGCCGCGGCGGGGACGGCGAGGACGGUGGAGACGAGGAGGUGGGCGAGGGACACGGUGGGCGCGCGUACGAGCUGGCGGGCGGGCACUGUGCGCGCCGACGACGGCGGGGACGCGUACGAGCGCGGGCCCGUGGCGGACGGACGCCCGGACAACGAUUCGCGUGGGCCCGUGGACGAGGGCGUCAAUGGACACUACUUGUAGGUGGACGCGCGGUAUGGAGGCGUGGGUGGACCGUGGACGAGGGGGGACGGGCACCUGGGACAAUUGCGUGUAGACCAAGCGGCAACGUUCGUGACCAAAGCCAGCGGACGUACACAGCCUUGCAGGACAACGGGAAGAUGGACAUUGCCUCGCAGAGAGACGUCGUCUUGUAGAGGGACGAAGGGAAGAUGGACAUUGCCUCGCAGAGAGACGUCGUCUUGUAGAGGGACGAAGGGAAGAUGGACAUUGCCUCGCAGAGAGACGUCGUCUUGUAGAGGGACGACGGGCAGAUGGACAUUGCCUCGCAGAGAGACCUCUCGUAUGGGACGUCGCCUUGUAGAGGGACGACGAAGGCAGACACGGCCUUGAGGAGGAAGCAGAGAGACUUCUGUUAUCCGGCAUCCGUGGGGAACGGAGUUCAUCAAAUGUCGCUGGUUAUCCGAGCGUCAUGCUCCGGGUUCACCAAAUUUGCCAAGCACGUGGCAUGUUUCAGGGAGGAAUCUAAGCUCACGUUGACGACGAUAUUGAGACGUAAUAACCUCCUCGUGUGCAGAGGUGCUCACCAGUCAGUUGUCGAGCAUUCUAAGUUGAUUGCAGAGAAGCAUUGGGGCCGUUUAGAGUACAGUGCAAGUAAUGUGUGUACAGACUGCCGCUAGCGCCAAACACGCGGCAGUGUCCUGAAACAACAACAACGACGACAACAACAACAACGACAACAACAACGACAACAACAACGGCGGAUCGACGAGAAGGGCACGGCAAGAUGCCGGACGGCUGCCGGAAUUUUCUCCGGAUACGUCAACGGAAGAUUUGCUUUGGCGUCUCCGACAGAUGGAUAAUUCCGGAUGGUAAAGUGUCAGAUAAAUGGAGCUUUAUUUCUUUUACUGCUUCAUCUCUCGAUGGAUGGACGUUGAGAGAGAUGCACGAGCUUGUAAGAUGGAUGGAGAUGUCACAUGGCCUGAAGUGGAAUUCUGUUGACUUCAAAGCCGGGCGCUGGUGAAUUCACGAAGGGAUUUACAUCCGCCAGGCUGCCACCCAUGGUGCAAGGGAGGUGGUGUCAGCAUUAGGCAGUACAGCAACAAGGCUGUCUCUCGGCCACUGCCUGCAGAGUUUGUGUUUAGUAUUGUGUGUGUGUAUAUAUUGUAAUGUAUGUAUGUAUCACCGCACACACGUUCAUGUAGUAUUAUACGUGUUGAUGCUGAUCGCUGAAAGACGUUGGUCACAAUGAAAAUUUUUUAAACUUUGUGUUUGAUUUUUUUUAAUGACUUUUAAAUAAAUACUUCAUUGAGUCAAACGAAA